AUCCUUAUAUUCAGUGAACUAAAAAAUAACAGCAAGACUUCUGCAGAACGGAGCCAGACGCUCAAUGGCGUGAGUCUGAAUUUCACCUAUUUCUCAGUGCAAAAGCCUCUGAAUUUCCAUGUCAUUUUUUGUGCCCUGCAUAUAUUUCAUCUGCAGCUGGUGUUUUCAGAGUGUCUGAUGCACACAUUCGCCACUCUACUGUUUCUUGUCUCUGGGAAGUGGGUCCCACUGUUAGUAAACAUACCCCUGUUUUUAUACCACAUCAAAAAAUAUAAAAAUAGGCCUGCAACGAGUGGCCUAGGAAUGUAUGAUCCCCUAUGCCUCACAAAGCUUGAUAUAGUUCUCAAAGGGCUAAUUGAAGCUGGGAUCAAACUGGCCUUCUACAUUUUCUGCUUCUUCUACUAUCUGCACGGGAUGGUUUUAUCCCUGGUGGAACCAUGAUGUCCCCUGAACCCACAACUGUACCAUGGAC